UAGGCGAGACAUAUGUGGAAGGUCUGCUACAUUGCUGGCACCUGAGCUGCAUUCAUUCUUCUCUAGCAAUAGGCGAGGAACUUCUGGAAGUGGAUUUGGAGGCUCAUGAUAGUUUCAAGAUAAAGAUGGUAUCGAUAAAGGCGAGGCAUUUUUGGAAGGUCUACUACACUGCUGACAACCAAUCUGCAUUCAUUAAUUCAUAUGAUUUGGAGGCUGAUGAUAGUUUCGAGAUAAAGAUGGUAUCAAUAAAGGAAGCUUCGGUCUCGCAAAUGCUUGAUCAUGGUUCUAUAUCCUUUGGAAGAUUUGCAGCUGAGUCAUUGUCAUGGGAGAAAAGGUCAGUGUUUACUCACGACAGACGCCAGGAGGAACUGGACAAGUUUAGUGGCUUAGUUGCCGAAAAGAAAGCAUACUUUGAAGAAUACUACAGAAGGCUUCGAGCUUUAAAGGCCUUGGAACAGAACCAGCAAACUGAGCUCACAUUGGAUUAUGGUGGUGAUGGUAGUAAUUCUAGCCAAACUGGAGAAGAUGAUGAAACAGCUCUGCAGCAUGGAAGUCUUAGAGAUGGGGCAGCAGAAACUAUUGAUGCCCCUUCUACAGAAACUGAAAAUGAACUAAACUUCAAGCAGGAUACGAAGUGCAGUCAAGCUCUUCAAACUAGACCGCUGUAUCCAGGAUCCACAACAUCAAAUAUAGACUCGCUGAGAAGAAGCAUGGAAAAAAUUGAGCCAGAGAAAAACUUUAACCAUGCUGUGAUGCAAGACCUGGACAGAGAAUCCUUGUCGUCAUUAAGUAGAAGCAUAGAAGAGAUUGAACAGAAUGAUAUCAGUAGUGUUGAUGACAGAGAGAUUCUGAGGGAACAGGAGAGUCCAGGGUCUAAUGUUGAAUCUGGGCCUCCUACCAACAGGUCUGUGUCAGACGUGACAAAUUCUAGAACCGGAGUCUCACAGCAUGCACCUGGUCACAACUUGAUACCAUACAAAACCAAACUGGCUGUUGAGAAACCUCCAGACUGUAAAUCAGUUCCUGAAGUGAAGAAGGCAAGAAACACCACGAUGGCAAUGACUUGUCUGAAGAUGCAAAGCCUCAGGUGUUCCCAUUAAAAGGAAUCAAUCAUCAGAUAGCUGCAAUCAUGCAUAAUGCAGUGUGUCAGCAGCUGCCUGCUGUGUGCGGUUAACUAGUUAUAAUACCUGUUUUCUCUCCUAGUUAAAAUGGCUGCUGCUGUCAAGUGGUACAUAUCUGUAGUCUGUGUAACUUGCUGUAUCAUAUAUGCCAUAAAAGGCUGUAAUUUAGAUCUUGUAUUGCUUUGGAGCGUUGA